GGAAUUUAUCAUUCAUCUUUUUCAUUUGGUUAUUGAAACCAUAGAAUAGCACGAAACAGUUGCGAGUUGAACACAGAAUAUUUCCUUACUAUCUGUGUAUCAUUAAGUUUCUUUAAGAUGGCGUUGGAAAGCUCUAAAGAUAGCGAUAUUUGGCUGCCUUUAUUACCUAAUGGAGGAGUGCUAUUGUGUUGGAAAGAAAAAACUUUACAGUGUUUCCGAAAGUCCUGUGAAAACAACAACGAAGAAAAUUCAAAAACAUACCAAUGGCAGUGUAUAGCCAAGGCAACUUUCUUUUGGCCUCCUUGUUGCGUCACCAACUUGCAGACCAACUGGAGACCCACAAAAAACAAUGUCUCGGGUACUAGUCAAGAAGAUAAUCCUGUCUCCAACAGGAUUGAAGCAGAGCACUGUUCGUUUUGUUGUUCUUGUGGGACAAAGUUGACCGUGCAGCUUUACCCAAAAAAGCUGUUGGAGAUUUCUGUGGUUUACGGUAACUUGGAAGAACACGGCCAUUUUUCCUCGGAAGUCUUCUAUCCCACUUUUCUUUUUGAGUUGCCUAUUUCUGGACAUUGGUAUGGCGGAGCGCACUCUCUUAGACAGUUUUGGCCUACAGAACGUGCCUGUUUAGAGUUGGGUCCUUAUUAUCCUUUUGAUAAUGGUCCACAAGGUCUUUGUGGUUUAGUAGACCCUUCUUGGGUUUCAUCCAAAGCAUCUAGACAAUGGAACAUUGGUUUGGAAAAUUUUGCUAAAGAAUUAUUACCUUUGGCAGAUUCUAAAGUACAAGGCAACGACAUUUUACACAUAGAGGCAAGAAGACAGUAUGACUUGUCUUCCAUAACACAUCCAUUAUCCAAUUCGUCGACAUUUCAUACUGCCUAUCCUUGCAUAGACUUUGUAUUAGGUAUAGAAGCCGAUGUUCGAAAGGCAACUGAACGGCUACUUGAUUAUUUACCGCAAUGUAACAAGAGUAAACCAUUUCAUGCUCUAGUUGAACAACCUAUAUGGACAACUUGGGCAAGAUAUAAACAAGACAUUACUCAACAAGAUGUAGAAAAUUUUGCACAAGAAAUAUGUGAACGGGGAUAUCCACAUUCUGUCCUAGAAAUAGAUGAUCGAUGGUCUCGGAAAUAUGGCGAUUUAGUAUUUGACGAAACUAAAUUUCCUCAUCCGGAAAAGAUGGUACAAAAGUUGCAUGACUUGGGUUUCCUAGUUACAUUAUGGGUCAUUCCAUUUGCUGAUGAAGACUCGGAAGCAGUUUUAAAGAACGAUGCUUCACCCAAAAAAUACUUUGUUAGACAAACACUCCAAAAUAGUAAUUCAAACGACCUGAUAGCAAGUUCAUCGUUUCGGUGGUGGCAGCCAACUACUGUAAAAGCUCUCGAUGUGACUAAUCCUGAAGCUUGUGAAUGGUUUUUGGAACAACUUUAUCGACUUCAAAGAGAAUAUGGAAUAGAUGGAUUCAAGUUUGAUGCAGGAGAGCCUUGUUUUCUUCCACAACAUCCAGCCUUUCGAGAAACGCUUCGCAUUCCCGACGAAUAUACAUUAUAUUGGAACUGCAAUAUAGCCUCUCAAUUUCCUAUUCGAGAAGUGCGAGCAGCUAGUCGUGGUUGUCAAGCUUAUGUUUCAUUUCUUCGAUUAUUUGAUAAAUUUUCAGUAUGGGACUUUGAUAAUGGUUUGGCAAGUAUUAUUCCAGCAACUCUAGUAGCAGGCAUUGUUGGAUAUCCAUUUGUUCUCCCUGAUAUUGUUGGAGGGAAUUGCUAUGAUGAUAGACAAUUGAGUGAAGAGUUAUUUAUUCGAUGGUUAGAAUUAAGCUUAGCUAUGCCAAGUGUUCAAUUAUCCGUAGCUCCUUGGCAGUUUAGUGAAGAUACUGUGAAGUUAUGUAGAGAACUCCUUACCAGUCGAAAGAGACUUUUGCCCUUUAUCGAUGACGCAAUGGAACAGUCACUGAAUACCGGAUGGCCUAUGAUUCGUCCUUUAUGGUGGACUUGUCCACAACUUACUGAAAGUUGGACCAUUGAUGAUGAGUUUACUGUUGGAGAUAAUUUACUUGUUGCUCCUGUUAUAGUUGCCCAUGAGAAUGAUCGAGAUAUAUUUUUUCCACCAGGAACUUGGCAAUUUCUUCCUUUGUUAGAUAGUAACAAGGAUAAUAGGAAGGAUUAUAACGGAGAUAUUAUUGGCCCUUGCUGGCUAAGACAAUUCCCUACUCCUAUUCAUAUUGUGCCAUGUUUUCGUCGUAUUAUUUAACUUGAUUCUGUUUGGCUUUUGUUAGGGUAGAUUCUGGUAUAAUUAAAGAAUUUGAGUUACUCUCAUAUUAUUCUUGUAAACUAGAGGAAAGAGAUAUGUUCA